AUGGUCCCGGUCCACCUCAUCAGAAGUCUUCACGCCCAAACGAACAGCAUCACCCUUCCAACCACCCCCACUCACCCCCUCACCCUCGAAAUCCCAACUGGCGCAGACCUCCUCCAGCAACAACUCCUGACCCGCGCCCUGGCAGAGGAAAUUCGCCUUCUCGUCCCGCCCCGCCUUCAACUAGCCGAGACCUGGCGUCUAGCAUAUAGUCUCGACCGCGACGGCGCCUCCUUAUCAACCCUUUACGAGAACUGCGCCGAGUUCUCCCAUCGCAGCCCGCGGGCGGGCUACGUCCUCGUCAUACACGACUCCUCCCCCUCAAGCUCCGUCUUCGGCGCCUACAUGACAGACGCGCCCCGUCCAGCCAAACAAUUCUUCGGCACCGGCGAAUGCUUCCUCUGGCGCUCCAGCGUGCUCCCACCCCCAGCAAGCUUCCCUCUCCCCUUGCCAGGCGACGGCCCCCAAUCUGAAGAAGCGCUCGAGCGAGCUGGUCUCCCGCCUCCACCUUCUGCUGACACCACCACUGCGGCUCGGUGGAGCACGCUGCGUAAUGACCCGAAGUCGAAACCGAGUGCCGAGUCGCCCUCUCAUAAUCUCAAUAUGAAUAUAAAAACUAACCUCGCGGCUGCGAGUGGGGGUGUUUUGUCGCCGCCUUCGCCCUCGUCUAUUCACACUCCUUCGCGAAGUGGGGCCAGCACGCCUGAGCGUAUUCGCUUCAAGGCUUUCCCGUACAGCGGUGUUAAUGAUUAUAUGAUGUUCUGUGAAACUGGUUUUCUCAGUCUAGGAGGCGGUGAUGGUCAUUAUGGGCUGUGGAUUGAUGAUAGCCUCGAAAAGGGCGUCAGCGCAUCCUGCCAAACAUUCGGCAAUGAGCCGCUCUCGGAUGAAGGCAUCAAAUUCGAUAUCCUUGGGGUCGAGGUGUGGUAUGUAGGUUCGUGA